AUGAUAUCCUCACGAUCGUCGUGUCGGCUUCGGCUGCCUCGCCCAAGGUCAUUCCUAGGCUUCAUGUCCCUACAGACCGGCACGGAGCUUGUCUCUCUUGCGCUCUUGUUCAACAAGGCGACGGGAAUCUAUGGCCUCCUUACCCUCUUCACGGGCUUCCAGAUGUCGAUCCUUCAGUUCACCGCCUACUUCAUUUCGAUUGCCGUUAUCGCCGUUCUGGCGUUCUGCCUCCCACAUAUUCGCAAGGGAACGCCGUUUCAAAACCUCUUGCUAGCCUGGGUUUACGCGGUGGACACGAUUGUGAGCGGACUAUACACGACAGCUUUUGCGACGGGGUGGUACAUGCAGUUAAAGGAGAUGCAGGCCACUGUCGCCUCAGGAGCUCCCGAAGAAGAGGAAUUUCAAAUGGUUGAGCCUAGGGGCGAGACAACCACCCCAGUCAGAGACGACGGCAUCGACACGGCGUUUAGCAUGGUGCUUAUUAUUGGGUUUACACUUAUCAGGAUUUACUUCAGCUUGGUUAUCAUGGCCUAUGCUCGGGCCGUUAUCCUGCGGUUUGUUGACGAGAGGGUGCCCGAGUCUGACGAGGAUGAUGAGUCCGGGUCGGCACCAAAUCCGUUUGCUGAGGGUGCCCCCCUGGGAGAGGGAUUGGAGGGCAAGAUUGGGAGGUACAUGAUUUCUGUGGGGAAGAGCUAUUGGCUUGGUGGAAGAAAGGAGGAUGAGGAAUGGGCUAAAGAUGUUCAUUCAAAAUUCAGGAGCAGCAGGAGAUGA